AUCACGUGAUCGCAACAACACGGAAGUGUGCACUCACCGCACGGAUACUCUGCUGCGGUGUAAUGUGUGUAAUGCCUUCCAAACAGAGGAAGAAUCAUCCCGCAGAGGCCAAAUGACAGCAGACUAACCGUUUUUUAUUUAUUAAUUCAUUUUGUUUGAAUCUCUGAGAUAAAUAGUUUAAAAGUGACCAGAAAUGGGUCCCGGAUAAAGGAAAGAAUCUUCCAGAAAUCUUGGACUGCGGGUGUUCGAGUGGAGCAGGGGCGGAGCGGCCAGGAAGGAGCUUAGCUGCCGGGAGAAGCAGAAGGAGUCUCCGGCCAUUAUGUAAUAGAAACGGUAUUCCAUUCCCGGAAAAUUGAAGCGCCGUCCCCAUCCCUAACUUGCCUUCCUGAUUCUGUUUGGGAGAGUUCAGAACAGUAUCAUCGCCAAGAUAGCCGGGCCAGGCAAGAAGAGGCACACCUCAGAUCCAGACCCCAGCAGCGGUAGUGAUUCCGGCGACGGGCGGCCCGUUAGUGCCAAGUGCCCAAAGAUGGCGAGCAACGGUGCAGCCGGUAACGGGUCGGUCGGCCGUCGCGGAGGAGCCCAGCAGAGAGGGGGCGGGGGUAGGGACAGCUCCGACCUGUCCUCCAGUGCCAGCAAGAAGAAGCAGAAGGACCGGGCCAACCAGGAGAGCAGAGAGGCCAAGAGGGCGGCCGCUGCAGCAGUAGAAGGGGUUAUUGCCGAAGUCAAGAAAGAUGUGUUUGUGGACUGGAAACAGAAUGUAAAUGAAGUGAUUGUCAGACUGCGCUGUGGGGAGGCUGUGCUGAGGAUAGCGGAUAUCAACACAACCUUCACUGAUACGCACUGCCACGUGCGCUUCCCUGAUGGACGGCAGUGGAGCUGCCAUUUGCAGGAGGAAAUUGAGGCGUCAUGUAGCAGAGUCCAGCACAAGGAGAAAGGAGGCUUCCUGCAUGUCAUCAUGCAGAAGAAGAUUCCCUUCCACAUCUGGCCUUCGCUUAAGUCCAACAAGAAGGAAAAGGAGGCAGUACCCAUAGAGAACAUAAAGGACCACCACCACCAGCAGCAGCAGCAGCAAGGGCAGCAGGAGGAGGUGAAGCUUGUUUCUUUGGAGCCAACAGAGAAUCCCAAUCUCCAGCCACCCUGCUCACCCGGCGAGUCAAGACGCGGCGGCAAGGCUGAGCGGGGUGUCAAGCGUGGCCUGAAAAACAAACCAGUGUUCGACAAGGUAGCCAAGGACUCUGUGGGGGUGAAAGGUGGAGCUAAAGAGGGCUCAACCUCUACCGGCAAGCCUGGAGUCACGCAGGGCGAACCUCAGGAACCCAGUGCCAAGCGUACCGUCGGACAGCUGCCCACCGCCGCCAGGGAGGCCACGCCCCCAACCGACAUGCGCUCUGCCAAGCCUGCAGCCGGCGGUAAAGCUCCACACACACACCUGCCCGCUGGUUCGAGCCCACAGACCCAACGCAAAGAUGGAGACAACCGAGCAGAGAGACUAGGAGGCGGCCAGGAACACGAGCUAGGAGCUGCUGUUGGAAGGCAUGCCAACGGAACUGAGGUGGCAGAGAAGCCAGACCAGUCGUCAGACUGGUGUGGAGCAACAGCACAUGGCAGCGGUGGCCGACCAGAGGCUCCGGUCGGCAACGCAGAUCGCCUCGAACCGCUCAGCCCCAACGGCCAAGUUGGCCCUGCCGCUUCUCCAGAGACACAGGGAGGUAGAAUGGAUUCUGGGCCAGAGGAGAAGCCCUCGCUGCAGGAAGCGGAGCAGGAUACCCCCAUCUGCCAGCAGCUUGAAUCCAGAGAUGAGGGUUUGACGGCAGCUGCUGGCGGGGCCGCAGUACCAAGCUGGUCACCUGGUGCUGCUCAGAGGCAGGGCAGUUGUGACGGAGAGGAGAAGCAGGACCAGUCCAAGGAGGAGCCUCCUUUGGAACUGAAACAACAGGAAGUCCCCGAGCCGAUGGUUAACCUGCAGACUUUGAAGUACGACUCGUACGAGAAGGGCACCGACCUGAUGGUGGUCAAUGUUUACACAAAGGGGAUCUGUAGGGACACGGCAAGGGUCAUCUUCAGGGAACAAGACUUUACCCUCAUCUUUCAGACAAGUGACACUAACUUUCUGCGGCUUCAUUCAGACUGUGGACCCAACACUGUCUUCAAGUGGCAAGUGAAACUCAGGAACCUGAUCCAGCCCGAGCAGUGCAGCUACUCCUUCACCCCGUCCCGACUUGACAUCACCUUGAAGAAAAGGCACAGCCAGCGCUGGGGGGGCCUGGAGGCCUCCGCCCCACAAGGUGCAGUGGGUGGCGCCAAGGUCGCUGUGCCCUCUGGUCCUUCCUGCAUGGAGAAGAGCCAGCCAGGCAGCAGCCAGCACAGCCUGCCAGCCAAGGAGGAGCCCCCGAGGGUCGGGGAGGAGAAACCCAAGCCGGCCAAGGUGUCAUCCAGAGGGGAUGACUGUGGUCUGGAUACAGUGGCUCCUCGCAGUGAGCACGUCGCUAUCACCAAGCCAGAGCCCAUGCCUAAGCCAACCUGCAUGGUGCAGCCCAUGACCCAUGCACCGCCUGCCAGCAACGAGCGCCAUGAAGAAGAGGAGGAGAAGAAGGUGUGCCUGCCUGGUUUUACAGGAUUGGUAAACCUCGGCAACACAUGUUUCAUGAACAGUGUCAUCCAGUCCCUGUCCAACACCAGAGAACUCAGGGAUUACUUUCAUGAUCGAGCAUUUGAGGCAGAAAUCAACUGCAGUAAUCCGCUGGGAACAGGAGGCAGGCUAGCCAUUGGCUUCGCUGUCCUGCUCAGGGCUCUUUGGAAAGGAACACAUCAUGCCUUCCAACCCUCAAAACUCAAGGCGAUCGUGGCCAGUAAAGCCAGUCAGUUCACAGGUUACGCUCAGCACGACGCCCAGGAGUUCAUGGCUUUCUUGUUAGAUGGGCUCCACGAGGACUUGAACCGCAUCCAGAACAAACCUUACACGGAGACUGUGGACUCUGAUGGGCGGCUCGAUGAGGUAGUUGCAGAGGAGGCAUGGCAGAGGCACAAGAUGAGAAAUGAUUCCUUUAUAGUGGACCUCUUCCAAGGCCAGUUCAAAUCCAAGCUUGUCUGCCCGACAUGCUCCAAGGUGUCAAUCACCUUUGACCCUUUCCUCUACCUGCCCGUGCCCUUGCCCCAGAAACAAAAGGUGCUCUCGGUUUUCUACUUUGCCAAGGAGCCUCAUAAAAAACCCAUCAAGUUUUUAGUAAGUGUGAGCAAGGAGAACUCGAGCACCGCUGAAGUCCUCGAUUCCAUCUCCAAGAACGUCAGGGUCAGACCAGAGAACCUCCGACUGGCAGAGGUGGGGAAGAAUCGCUUCCAGCGCCUGUUCCUGCCGUCCCAUUCCCUGGACAUGGUGUCUUCUUCUGACAUGUUGUUCUGCUUUGAGGUGCUUUCCAAAGAAAUGGCCAAAGAGAGAGUGGUGUUACUCAGAGUGCAGCAGAGACUUCAGGUCCCAAAUAUCCCCAUCUCAAAGUGUGCCGCUUGCCAGAAGCCUUCCCCGUCUGAGGAGGACAAGCUGAAGCGUUGCACUCGCUGCUACCGCGUCGGCUACUGCAACCAGGUGUGUCAGAGGACCCACUGGCCCAACCAUAAGGGUCUGUGUCGGCCCAACGCGGAGAACGUGGGCCUGCCCUUCCUGGUCAGCGUGCCUGAGUCCCGCCUCUCCUGUUCCCGUAUCACCCAGCUACUCGAGGGUUACUCCAGGUUUUCCGUCAAUGUGUUCCAGCCUCCUUUCCAGUCAGACAGGACAUCCCCAGAAACAUCUCAGUGCCGGGGGGACCACCCGCCAAUGCCAGCAGGCCCUCCUGAGGGUCUCGGGCCAGGAGAUGAGGCCAUGGAUGGUGGUAAUACGCGUGCGGCGGGGGAUAUGGAGAGUCCUUCGCUGUUGUCUGAAUCCCAAGCCGAGUGUCCUCAGUUCUCCGGGGACACAAAUUCCCUCUCCUCCUCCUCCCAAACUUCGCUCUCCACCACGCAAACUGCAGAUUCUGGAUUUUCUGAGCCAAUCUCCUCCACCUCCUGCUGCUCUCUGGACCCUCAUGCUGAAAAGGAGACGUCCUGUGAGAAGGCAGUGCGACCGGAAGCUGCAGUAACGGGUUAUCAGCAUCCCAGUGAAUCAGCAUCAGGUCACGCCAGUCAGUUUUACAUCGCUCUGCUGGACUCUGACAACAAGGAGCAGAGGCUGGAUGAGAGAGAGGACCUUCUGGCCGACCUCCCCGAGGAUACAAAGCUGGAGCUGGUGUGGAAGAACAACGAGCGUCUGAAGGAGUACGUCCUGGUGAGCUCCAAAGAGCUGGAGUAUGACGAGGAUCCCGGCUCUCUGAGUGAGACAGCCAGAGCAGGACACUUCACCUUGGAGCAGUGCCUCAACCUCUUCACAAAGCCAGAGGUGCUGGCACCAGAGGAGGCAUGGUACUGUCCAAAGUGCCAGCAGCACAGAGAGGCCUCCAAACAGCUGCUGCUGUGGCGUCUGCCCAACGUUUUGAUCAUCCAGCUCAAACGCUUCUCCUUCAGGAGCUUUAUCUGGAGAGAUAAGAUCAACGACAUGGUUGACUUUCCUGUCAGGAAUCUGGAUCUAAGUCAAUUCUGUAUUGGCCAGAAGGACGAGGAACAGAUGCAACAGCCCCCCAUCUACGACUUGUAUGCCGUCAUCAACCACUACGGAGGAAUGAUAGGCGGCCACUACACGGCCUACGCUCGCCUGCCAAGCGACAAGAACAGCCAGCGCAGUGACGUUGGCUGGCGUCUGUUCGACGACAGCACGGUGACCAUGGUGGAGGAGAGUCAGGUGGUGACGCGCUACGCCUACGUCCUGUUCUACCGGCGGCGAAACUCCCCCGUGGAGAGGCCCCCGCGCUUCCUCAGGCCCGAGUCCCCUGCCUCUGCAGGAGCCACCGCCAGCCAGGCCUCUCUAAUUUGGCGGGAACUGGAGGAAGAAGAGGAGGGGCUCGACGGAGGCCCGCGCGGACUGUUCCGCUCCGCACCGCGGAGGCGCCAGGCGCCGAGGGACCGAGCCGAGGAAGACGGGAGGCCGGGGCGGCGGAGCCGCAGGCCGAGAGAGUCGGACUAUCCCGACGACGACCGCGUGCGCUAUUUUGUUCUGGGCACCUUGGCGGCCGUGUUCGCUCUGUUUGUCAACUUGGUCUACCCCCUCUUUAACAAAUCCAGCUGGACCUGAGCAGGGGUCAGCCAACCAACAGAAGUUUGUUCGGAACAUGUGGACGAGACAGCCCAAGGUUUUAAUCCACUUAUGGAACAGGCGACUCGGGGCCCCCCCCCCCCCACAACACGUGAAGUGUUUGUGUGACUUCACGUGGCUCAACCCUUUAACUCGAGUACGCCUAUGGGUCUUAUACCAGUGUUUAAUUAAUCAUCUCUAUGCCUCACUGUUAGAGACUGGGAUCAUUCAUUGAUGUGCAUGGCAACACAAGACCUAAAUUAAACAUUGUCCUAACAGAAUGGUACAAAUACAUACAUAUAUGUUAAUGCACUGAAUUUCUAUUAAUAAGAUCAAUUGUACACAUGCAAUAUGUUAAAAACAAAAAUGUCAGUUUAAACCUUUUUAAUACAAGCAAAGAAUAGGUUGAGUUUUGGUUUUGGUGCAUCCCCAAGCACUGCAUUCCACAUUAGAAGACGCUAUGGUGCCUGUUAAGUACGAGAAAUUGUCUUAGUAUUGUGCUGCAGCAUUAACUAUCAGCACACGGUACAGAAACAUUGAGUGUGAACUAUUUCCAACAUUGCGUCUUUGCACUGAACUGCUUCCAGUGUUUGCCAUUUAACAAGUCACAUGGUUGUCAGGUGACCAGCUCAACACCCUCCCGUUAGAUCAUGUACUGCUGUGGAUGUGUGGUAGCUACCUGUCAAAGUGCACGUUAUAUUUAGAAUAUCUUUUACAGUCCUUGGAGAAGGGGGAACAAAAGCCAUUUAUCCGUCCAGUCUCUCUUCAAAAAACCCACGCUCCUUUGACUUUGUUUCAUAUCGUACAACAAGAGUGAUUGGUUUAUGUUUGUGUGUGGGACUUUGUGGUUUUAAAAGGGUUAGUUGUUGUCCAACAAAGUCCCACAGUAACACAAACCAGUUCUUUGAGGUAGAUACUGUUGUUGUCAAAGGAGUCCUGUGGCUCAGGGCGCCCCCCUGAUAUAUAAUGGUGGGGAAACAGACGGUAUGGUCGUAAUGUACGAUACAUGUAAAAAUGUUAGUACAAAGGGAAACUUCUUUCUAGAGCUACAGCUUACGCCUCCUUUUUGUUUUUCUUGCACUAGACCUUUAAACGAAUGAGAAGGUUGAUAUGACACGCUGAAUGGCUCAUGUGAGCAGAGCCGCUGAAGCAAAGAGUACUCAUCAGGAAUUUCAACAGGAAGUGUUCUUUUGGGUCUUUUUUAAAACCUGUGGUGUUUUUAAAAUGCUCUCAUAUGCACUACAGUUGACUGUCAUUUGUUUGCCCUUGUUUCUUUAUUUCCCAUGUUAUUGAAAUGCCUGUCAUAGUCACUCUAUAUUUCCAAUCAAAACCAUAGUGCAGGUGAGGACUUAUUGUGAUCAACAGGGAUCUGUUUUCCGAGUCCUACAUGAUUUGAUCAUAGAUGUUGGGAUGAUGCAGAUCGUAUCGCAGUCACGUUAAAUUAUGAGUGUGUAAAUAUUGAUUAAGGAUUACCGUCCUCUGAAUGUUUUUCAAUGUGAUUCUCUGUUCUGAGUGGAAAGUUAUUGAUUAUAGACAGAUGUGGAGCUCAUGAAACGUCAGCGAGGCAGCGUAGAGCCACUUUGCCUUAGAUGCUUGGCAGAGCACCGUCGCACUGUGUGUACAUGACUCGUACAGUCUAUGCAAGAUUAUUUUUCAAAUAUAGCGUUCUACUUAAAAGUUGCUGCUGGGUGAACUUUGAAAUCUCCCCGUCUCUCUCUCUCUCUCUCACACACACACACACACAGUAGUAGUCUAUCUAGACGGCUCAAGUUCUAUUUACGCUGUUGUCAAAUCUGUAAAUGCUGUUAGGGUUUAACUGGGUGAAGAAUAUAACUGUUUUUAGUGUAAUGUGGAAUGUUGUUUGGAAAGAUUGACCUGACAGGAAAUGAUGUACUUGUUCUGUUGAAUCACUGAGAUGUUGAGUGUAAGGACAUCAUUUGAAGGAAACAUUUUAAUUUAAUUGCAAUAAUGUAUCUAGAUCCCGUAAUCUAAAUGCUGCUUCUGAGAUAAAUAUAUA